AUGCUUCUACCUUACCGAGUACCUACAUCUGCCGCCGCCUUGUCUGCCACUACGCACAUUCGCGAGCCAGAGAUUGGGUGCUUACCGCUCACCACCGCCGCACCGCCUGUCUGCGAGAUCUGCAACAAGGGUUCUCCUUGUAAUCCUCCUUUAGCCGUCGAUCCAGUCUUCUCCAAACACCCGAGUCUUUCCAAAGGGGGCAAUGGAAUGAUCCCACGAGGCUUUGAACCUGGUCUAUCUGACCAAACGUACGCUAUCAAGUACGCAUACCUUCGCUCGCCCGUCAUGCUGUCCAUCAAACAUGGCAACGGCAUGACUCCUGGCCCCCUGAAGCCUGAAGGAACCCUCGCCUUGAUGGUCCCGUCGCCUCCAUCUUGCCAACUCGAGUUGGCCCUAUCAGACUUUGACGGUCAGACGAGCCCUAUCCGCCUCACUUGCGCUACUCUGCACACUACCGGUGUCAGUCGUCGCCUUACCGUCACGAAUUACCAUCUUAGUCGUCACCCUAGUCAUGGCGACCAACCCAGGGGCGCCUCGAGCCAAGCUUUGUGA